AUGGUUUCAAACCACAACAACAGCUGCACCAACUACAACUACAACAGCUGCACCAACUACAACACCAUGGUGGUGGUGGACAACCACAACUACAGCUGCACAACCUGCAACAACAUGGUGGUGGUGGACAACCACAACUACAGCUGCACCAACUACAACGCCAUGGUGGUGGUGGACAACCACAACUACAGCUGCACCAACUACAACGCCAUGGUGGUGGUGGACAACCACAACUACAGCUGCACAACCUGCAACAACAUGGUGGUGGUGGACAACCACAACUACAGCUGCACCAACUACAACUACAACAGCUGCACCAACAACCUCUCCUCUCAGCAAACUACCACUGCAUUUCUCCUUUCUUGGCUCAGGAAAACAGUUGAUAGACCUGUUCCUUCAUGUCAGCCGGGACAGUACCUGCCCCAGUAUCUGAGCCCAACUCCUGAAAACGGAGUACAUAUUCAUGCAGAGGUUGGCAAAGAAGUGCAGAUCAGAGUCAAAGCAAAAUCCUCAUUUGCAACAAUACAGAACAUCAUCUUCAGUGGGCCACAGGGCACCAAAAAGAGCACUACUAUCAACAAGGAGUUCAUCAUUUCAUGGGCACCAUCCUCCUAUCACCUGGGAAAUCAUUACGUCAUCUGCUUCGCUGUGGAAUCAGUGAGUGGGAGUAACAUCUAUCAGUCAGACAUGAGGUGUGUAAUCGUGGAUGUCGAAACAAAGCAAGUGGAGUCAAAUGUGAUCUGCAGCCAGUCCACAAUGAGGAUAGAGAUCAAGAAAUCUUCAUUUCCUCGGCUCAGUGAGGACCAUUUACAUCUCAAUGACCCGUCCAACAUCAUUUGCAGCCUGAAGACUCACUCCAACAGCACCCAUGUCAUCGGCAUCGUCCCCCUGCAUGGCUGUGGCACCCAGAUCGAGGAAGAUAAUGACUACCUUAAGUUCAAGAAUGAAAUCACCACGUUUGACAACCUCAAGGACGUGAUCACCAGGAAACACCUGCUGGAGGUUCAGUUCUACUGUCAGUACCCCAAACGAGGAAACGUGACUCAGAGCUUCUUGGCCCACAGGAAGAGCGUCACAGUGUGGGAGAAAGGCUUCGGCAGGUUCACGUACCAGUAUGAGUUUUAUCCUAAUGCUCAGUUCCACACCAUGAUUGAUCCCAAAUACUACCCUCUGGAGUACGACUUAGGGGGUCGGAUCUUCAUGCAGAUCGAGGCAAAGACUACGGUCAACAACACCCAGCUGUUUGUGGAGUCGUGCAGAGCUGCACCGUAUGACAACCCCAACUCCAAACCAGUCUACUCCAUCAUUGAGAACGGGUGCAUGGAGGACUCGACUGUUCAAAUCCACACCCCCGACCACCCGAGGCAGUUCAGAUUCAGCAUGGAGGCCUUCAAGUUCAUCGGAGUGCAUAACCAGGUGUACAUCACCUGUCAGGUCAUGAUGUGUCAGGCUGGAAACCCCAACAGCAGGUGCUCACAGGGGUGCAGGCGAAACGUACACAGACAUAAGAGAGAGGCUGCCACCCAGACUUCAAUGCACCUCAUUUCCCAGGGUCCACUGCGCUUGAGCAGGUCAGCUGUGAGAACAGAGAGCCCAGUGAUGAACCUGAAUCUGAACAUGGCGUUCAUCGCCGGAUGUCUUCUUGCAGCCGUUGGCAUGAUCAGCGGAGUGACCUUGUACAAAGCCAGAGUAUCAAGGGUCAAAUACCAGCCUCUGUCUAUGUCUGAAAGUUAA